AUGGGGGCCCUCUUCGCUAUUCUCGUUUCGAUACCUUCCUAUGCCAUUGAAGACAUCACGAUCAACCCAAAGAGCGCUACAUACUCUGAAAACAAUAAAGUAGCCAGUUCAGGAGACUACACUGAGGAGAGGAGGUGGAACUCAGGGGUUGAAGUUGGGUCACUGACAGCAAAUCGUGCAUAUGCAGGUCAGCCUAUGAUUGGGGCUCUUCUACAGAGACUAAGGGUUUAUGGUGGUCCACAGUUGGAGAGAUCCGUCAAUGCCUGGCGUGGCUCGGGCUUUCCGGGGGUACUGCAGCCCCAGCGUUCUCAGUCUGCAGUGCAGACCGUCACGAGAUAUGACAAGCCGGGAUAG